CUUCAGCUGAACAAUGGUUAACAUGAACUAUCAGCAAUCUCAACAAAAACAUAUACACAGCCCGAGUCUGAGACAGUCGAGAAAACGGCAUAAUAAAAGAAAAAGGAAUUAUUGGGACACCAUAUCACCGACAACACACAACCACACUUGAUUAAGAAGAAACGCUUUAAAGGUCUGGUGUGCUGGGUGUGGAAGCGUGUCAGGUCGUGUCUGUGCGUAGCAGCUGAUUGGUUGAGAUGACUGCGGAGUGGAUGUACCCCCCCGGCGUGGCGCCGCUGUGUGGUGCAGAGUUGGAGGCGUGGUAUGAAGACUUGCAAGAUAUACUGGGAUCCGACGCAGGUGGGGCCAAGCACACACGCCCCCUGCCCUGCACUGAGAAAGAGACAGAGUUUCUGGAUGUCCUGGAAAGCUGCUCCCUCACCUGGCUGACGGAGGGGCAGGUGUGGGGGGAGGGGGUGCAGCGCGUGAUGGAUGAACCUCCACCACCUCCGCUGCUCCUCAGCCAGCCCACGGCCCAGGAGGAGCGACGUGGUGGAGGAGAGGCAGCAAGCUCCAGCCCUGGAGACCUGCUGCCCCCAGAGUUUUUCGAGCUGCUGAGUGAGGGUGGAGUCGGCCUGGUGGAGACAGGGGCAGUUAUGGUCACCAGUGGCUACCACCACCAUCACCCCCCAAACCCUCCACCUGCCUCCCCGUCAGUCAGCGAGGAAGAGCUGCCAACCGUCCCAGACACGUCGUCGCCUUGCUCCUCGAGCUCCUCAUCCUUCUCAUCCUCGCAGUCGCCUUCCCUCAACUGCUCGCCUCCUUCCUCCCCACCUCUCUCCCCUCCAUCGGCCCCUGUCUCCGCACGUCUGGGCAAGAGGAAGAGAGGGAGUGCUCCCAACUCGCCUUUCUCAGGGAAGAAGAGUAGGAAGGAGCGGGAGCAGGAGAACGAGAGGAAGGUGCAGGAGCUGACUGACCAGAAUGAAAGGCUCAAGGCCGAGAUCGAGAGGCUCGGUGAGGAGGUCCAGCGGACACGGCGUGCACUUAUCGAGAGGCUCGUCAACACUAGGAAGUAAAGGAUGCAAGAACAAAGAAAGGUUGCAAAGAAAGGAAUUCGAGGAAGGUUCCUGUGGUGACCAUGAAAUGCACAUUUAGAGAGAAGAGAGAAAAAGUCAUGUGGAAACUGGGGGAGAGAGGGAUUCAUUUAGAGUCUUCCCCCAAGAAUGAUGGAGAGGAUGUGUAGUGAGAAUGUCAGAUUUAGCCUUAAAAAGAGAAACGGACCCCUAAUUUACAGUUAUUACUGUGUAAAACAGCCUCAAUAAAAGGUAUCUAAUUUAAUAGUUACCUACCCAAGUAAUUUUGUAAGACUUUGUAUUCACAUGCUGCUUGUACUCAGAUGUAUCAGGAUGAAAAUUAAACCUGGUAAUAAUACUCUUCUGGGGGGUGUUAUGGGCAAAUACAAGUACAGUUCACAUGAGGUUUUGACCAACCUUUAGAAACAGAGCACAUUUUGUCUGCUUUUAAAGAGAUUUGCAGAAGUACAAAAUGGUUUAAAGGUUUUAAGGAUUCUGUGCAUUUCAUUGUAACCCAGUGUAGAGUAGAGGAAGUUUAACAUUAUACUGUCUUUGUAAUUGUAAUGAAAGGGCUUUUGAAACUGUUUUAGCUAUGCCGAGUUCACACAGAAUUAGCUCAGGACUGUUUUUUAGAACGUUUUGUUACCGUUUUUUUCCUAAACCUCAGCUGAAGCCAUGGCCUAUAAGCGUGGAUGGAUAAAGGGGAGAAAUGUGGUUGUGAUGUAGUCUUUUUGGGCUCGAUUCUUUUUCUUAUGUAUUUUUCAAAUAGAAUAAUUAGUUAACAAUGUGCAGUUCAUACCACUUUGUGCUUAUUUUUCUAUGAUAUCUAUCCAUUAUAUAAAUCUGCUCAUUAUAUAUAAUCAUAUCACACCGUAUCACUAUUGUACUGUGUAGUAAAAAUAUACUUGCAUGCUGAAUUGUAUUUGCAUAGACUUUGAAUUUGUCUUUAUCUACAUUUAUUAAUAAAACCUUGAAUACAAUCAAAA